AUGGAGGAAGUAAUUAAACUCGAGUCACUGUUUCGGUCCUGUGAGGGCAGCCAGCAAGUGGCUAACCUCCUGAAUAAGAUCAAGAAGGUCACUUCUGAAUUCGAAGGCAAAACUGGGCACCCUUCGAUUAACUUUCAAGCCCCAGAAAAAAUUAAAUAUCCUGGCAGAAGAAAGGGUGGUGCACGUCCCAAAUACCUUCCCAAAGACUUUGGUCGGGCAAACUGGAGGAAGAUCAGUGUUUCGUCUGGUCAUGCUGGCCUUAAGGCAAUGGUUAGACUGAGAGCUAAAAUGAGGGAGGGAAAACCUGCAGCUACACAAAAAAACAAAAAACAAAACAAAAACAAACAAGAGCCUCUCGACCCAGUCGAUGCUACCAAAAACAAAAUAAAACAAAUAAAGCAAGAGCCUCUUGACCCUGGAUGUCGUCUUACACGAAUAUGCUUUUUAGUCGAUGCCACCAAAAAUAAAACAACAAAAAUAAAACAAGAGCCUCUCGACCCAGUCGAUGCCCCCCAAAAAAAUGGGUUCAAAAGACCCGCCACCGCCUUAGAAGAUUACCAGUAUGAUAAUCGCACCUCUGUUGGCAAGAGGGUCAAAUUCCAGCCCGGUUUUCCUGUCUCUCAUGAGAUAAUCGAUGAUGUCAAGGGUGGGUUUAGCCCUACUGCUGACGGAUGGUGUGGUUUUCGGGUCCUUGCCCACUUGAUCUACAAAGAUCAAAAUAAGUUUUCACUUGUAAAAAGGGAUAUGCUAGCCGCCUUGCCGAAAUACAAAACAUUGUACACAAAUACCUUCGGUACUGACACAAGCCAACUAGAAAAAAUCAUUCAACAUGGCUCUCAACUCGAUUAUAGCAACACCAGCAACACCAACACCAACACCAACACCAACUUCAUCCCAGUAUGUUCAGAUGCCACUAGACAAUCUUUUUUAAAUCUUUAUAAAUCUUAUCAAUUUGUUUCUUUGCGUCAACAUAAGCUAUCUAUCACUUGUGGGUCAAAUGACUCUCCGCUCUGUUUUUUCCUAGAGAUCAUUCGUGGGAAGUACUUUACCCUUCGAGUUACACUUAUAACCAGCGAAUUAAAAAUCAUAAAUAUCGGAUGGUGUUACACAGAUCGAGCCAAACUAUCUUCGAAUAUGUUAUAUUAUGCAUUUGCAUCUAUUUAUUUUAUCAAUUCAAGUCUUGGCUCUCUAUAA